CGUGUUUCGCCCCGGUGAGAGUGGCUGGGCCGGGUGAACGAAACGCACUGAAACUUGGCGUGGUGCUCAGGCGUUCGGCGCUUUUCGUGGUAGAGCUGCAGAGGCGUCGCACGUUGGUGGUGUUGGGGCUGCUGGAUGUGGGUUGCAUGAGACCGACUGACUCAGAUACCCAAGCAACAAGUGUGCGGUCGGACGCGCGGCGCUGAGCUCUUCACCAGUGCUGAGGGGAAAAACCCGUGUAGUGUCCGUGGAACCCUUGGCGUGACGCAGCCGAGCCCUCGUCAUGGUGACCCUGCGUGGCCAAGGUGGUAGAUCGAGCAUGGCCAUCGACGCCAGCGGUGUGUGGCCCGCCCCCAGCUGCCGACGCGGUGCUGUGGCCGCCUACAAGUUCCGUGUUCGCGAGGAGAGGAAGCGUGUGAUCCGCCUCUCCAACGAGAAGUACCGCACCAUUGAUGACCACGAGAGCGGGCUGCGACGAUUCGUCCUUAUCAAGAACACCCUGAGGCGCCUGCAGCGCGAGGCACGCGAGGAGAAGCUGGCCCGCCACCGUGCCGGCAGUACCAACGUGUCGCCCUCCUACCUGUCCGCCUCCCGCCCCCGCGCCUCCUCCCCGCCUUGCGACAUGCAGGUGUCCGACGUGCUGAGCGAGUACGGCCAGCCCACCCCCGCCCCCCUCACGUCCCUGGAGGAGGACGACCCUCUGUCGUCCCCAGCCAAGAAACUGAAGCUUUUCCACGACGACGACAAGGAAAACUCCCGGGACUCUUGCGAGACGCGGCUGUGUGAGAUGGACGAGAAGGAGGACAGCCGCGGCGUCCUGGACGACACGCAGGAGAUUCUGAGAGACCUGUACGAGACGCUGUCCCCCGAACCCCUGUCGCCGAGCCGCCCCGGCACACCGACGCCGCCCCGCCCAGACACGCCUUACGCCACUUCAUCGCCCUACUCCUGCACCCUCCCCACCACCACCACCUCCUCGCUGGCUGCCGCGCCCGGCACCAACACCACGUGUAGCACCUCCUCCCCCGCCGCUUCCACCACCACCACCUUCACCAGUGGCUCCGGCAGUUUCUACGAGUGGUCGCGGCCGCAGCAGCAGCAGUACGCCUGCGGCCACGCCUCGCUCCUCGGCAACGAUCUACAGUCAGUCGUUUUUCACAGUCUAAUCGCCUCCUUGGAGUCCUAACGCGCGCACAAUGCUGUUGGCGAACUCCAGCAGCAAGAGCGGUGACUCGCGAGGACUGCAGUGCCAUGCCAAAGAGGUGCAAUCACUCUGAUGGGCCGCCCGGCCGUGUGUGAUUCAUCAAGUGUUAUCAGCUGUGAUCUUAACGUUAUUUCACGGAGCCCUGACUCGUGCAGUGCCUCAGAGACGUGUUGGGCGGCGGAGGGUGGGGGUGUGGGCGUCCAGACUCCCAGCCCGCUGCGUGCAGGUGCCGGCCCCUAGGGUCGCCGGACACAGCAAAGUCUAGUGCUAGUAUCAGAGAGACAGGGCAAGCCGUGGACGUGGUAUAUAUAUAAGACUCAUACACUCAUGAUUCAGAAACACGCAUUCAUUACGAUCAUUCAUCCUCGCCAAACUCUGCACACAUUGCCACAUCUUCCUGUUCCCCGCAGUGUUUAGUUGUUGCUUCAGGGAGUGAUGAAGCCGUACAGGCGGCCGCUCUAAGAGGCUCUUCCGGCCCUGUCAGCCAGCCAGUCAGCCAGCCCGGGACAGGCGAGGGAGGGAGCUACUCCAGCCCUGCCUGGGGGGCGCAGGUGAGGGCGCCUCGGCCUCCAUCUGACGUUUGCGACUUAACUCAUGAUGUCAGCGCCGCGCCUUGGGCCCCGCCUCGCCUCAGCUUCCUGCCCCGGCGUCUCCUUGGGUUCCUUCCUUCGGCUGCCUCGGCGCCGCUCUCAACUCACAGGCAUUUUGUUAUCUAGUCCUUGUUUGUCCAAAGUUCUUGUUUAUGUUGGUGGUGGCGGUUUACUGUUGACGUGUGUGUGUGUGUCAAUGUGUGAGUGUGUGUGUCAAUGUGUGAGUGUGUGCGUAUAAGUGUUAGUGUGUGUGUGUGUGUGAGAGAGAGAGAGAGAGAGAGAGAGAGAGAGAACGAACCAGUGUUUCCUCCAGCCUGUCCAGUCCUUCGUGCAUGUGGUCUGUGAGUUGCCUGAUCAAGGUCAACAAGCAGCCGCCGCCCAAAGGUCAUCUUGUGUCCCUGUUCUCGCGUCUUUCCUUCUCUAUCCUGCCCCCCUCACCCCUUCCUGCCCCUCAGACACAACACAGAAACACCUCAGAGGGCGAGGUCAACGCACCUUCCCGUGCCAUCAAAUCAUCGCAUAAAUUAGAAUUAGUUUUUACAAUUUUGUAUAUUGUACAAAUGUAUAUGAUGGAAGAAGAAAAAACUUUCUUUGGUUAAUGAUUAAGAGGUCUUUGUAUUUAGUUUGUAUAAUAGCGAAGUGGAAGUCUUACGUUCGUACAUCAGUCAUGUCAGUACCAAGAUGUCGCCGCUUGUAUAAAUAUCAUUUUUUUGUUCCAGGUUGAAUGUGUCAUUAUUAGUCGAUGAUUCGCCAACGAUUUCCAACUUUCGAAGAGAUGUAAAAAAGAUAAAACAAAGAAUAGACAUUUAUUUACGCCAAACCCCAAGAGGUUGUAUCAAUUCCUGUUUCUUCUGGUAACGCCUACUUAGAGUUAAAGGGAAGUAAAUAUAAAUCGAUCAAGAGAGGGAGUCAGAGGGAGAGGGACGCGGCUGGACUCAUGAAUCCCUUGCUAACGUAAGCCUCUGGAGGGUGGAGAGACGCCCUUGGUGCCUGGCCCGCCCGCCGCCCCGCCCCCCGUCAGCUCCUUCAAGUGCCUGGGUGGCGGCGGUGGUGGUGGUGCAAGACAUUUGAUUCUGCUCCUAUCGAUUCAAGUCCGGCCUCCCCCGCCCUCUGAACCCUCUCUUCGGCGCCGCCCCCACAGCUCGGCGGCGGCGGAAGGCUGUGUGUGUGUGCGUGUGUGUCGCCGAGGGUUGCCCGCUUCCCCUCAGGCAACAACAUUUACAACAAAAGAUGAAAAAGUGAGAUUUUAUUACAAUAUUAUAAACGCCAACCAAGAAGCCAAUGUCUGAGGCUUGUUGAAGACCCUCCGCUGCCUCUUGUGGCUCGGCCUUCUCGCACGAACCUGGUCUUUAUUAUCAUUAUUAUUAUUAUCAUUAUUACUAUUAUUAUUAAAAUUAUUAUUAUUAUAGGUCUUGCAUUUGUUAUUUUUUCAUGUUUUCUCUUUUCUCACCAAGAAAAUGUUUGCAAAGUUUGUUCUUGUACUACACUUUUUUUUUUUUUUACUUUACCUUCUUCUUUAUUCUGUUGCCAAGACCUUUUAAAGGCUAAGGGUUAAGCACAAUAUUAAAGGAGGUUUCCAAUACUUCAUUGAACUGGCCUAAUGUACAAAACGAAGCCCCUCGCCGCGGCCGCUGGUGCAGGGCGCGGCGGGCGGUGCUGGGAGUCACACUGGCUUUCUUAUGACCUAGGUAGUACUCUGCUGCGUAGUGUUGAUGCUGUAACCAACUGUGACUAGUAGUGGUGAGGUUGUAGAGACCGAGAGGGAGGGUUGUUCCUGCCAAAACACAUGAGAAAGGUGUAUUGACUUGUUACAUUGUAUUUUGUGAAUUUUCCAAAUAUAUUAUAUGAAAGAGUA